AUAACAUAACCUACCAUGUCAACUUUUUAUAUAGCUUCCUCGACUCAUAAAGGCUUCCUCCUCACUGGGGAGAGACACUUCACUUCUUGCUUCACUUUGGCUUCAAUGGCUAGACCAAAGCCUGAUCAGUUUCUUCUGGCUCUUUUGAUCUUCUUUAUCAGUACCUCUCUAUGUUUUUGUCAUGGCAUGUCAUGGCAGGUAUUUCAAGAGGAGGACGAUGGCAUGUCAUGGCUCAAUGAGGAGGACAAUGAAGUUGACAUAGUUCAAACUAGGCAUGAUCCAUCAAGGAGCUGCAACUUUGAAUCGGGCAAAUGGGUUUAUGACCAAUCCUAUCCUCUCUAUGAUUCUAACUGCCCUUAUCUUAGUACUGCAGUCACUUGUCAAAAAAAUGGAAGGCCUGAUUCAGACUAUGAGAAGUGGCGAUGGCAACCUCAUGGUUGCUCAAUUCCAAGGUUCGAUGCACUUAAGUUUCUUGGCAAAAUGAGAAGGAAAAGAAUAAUGUUGGUAGGUGAUUCUAUCAUGAGGAACCAGUGGGAAUCUCUUGUCUGCUUAGUACAAGGAGUAAUUCCAACUGGGCAUAAGAAGGUGACUUAUAAUGGUCCUUCCAUGGCCUUCCAUUCUUUGGAUUUUGAGACAUCGAUAGAGUUUACUUGGGCUCCACUGCUUGUGGAAUUGAAGAAAGAGGCUGGAAACAAGAGAAUCUUGCAUUUGGAUUUGAUAGAAGAGAACGCAAGAUAUUGGAGAAAUGUUGAUGUUCUGGUGUUUGAUUCAGCUCACUGGUGGACUCACUCCGAUCAGUGGAGCUCGUGGGACUACUACAUGGAGAAACAGACUCUCUUCCAAAGUAUGAAUCCGAUGGUUGCUUAUCAGAAAGGACUCACUACAUGGGCAAGAUGGAUAGACUUAAAUCUUGAUCCUCGAAAAACCAGAGUCAUUUUUAGAAGCAUGUCACCCAGGCAUAACCGGGGAAAUGGUUGGAAAUGCUAUAACCAAAGGCAGCCUUUAGCAUUUUCCAGUCACCAGCAUGUCCCUGAAUCCUUGGUAGUACUGAAAGAGGUGUUGAGAAAAAUGAGUUUCCCUGUGUAUUUGCAAGAUAUUACAGCAAUGUCAGCUCUGCGUAGAGACGGGCACCCUUCUGUCUAUAGAAGGGCAAUAAGCGAACAAGCAAGACAACACCCCGGCAGCCUUUCUUCUGACUGUAGCCAUUGGUGCCUUCCUGGGGUACCUGAUAUCUGGAAUGAGAUGUUGAGUGCACUGCUGUAAGUUCAGAAUAUGUAAGAGCGUGUAGAGUGAGUGUUCUGCUAAAUUAAUUAGGCUUUGUUUUGUCAUCUUAGAAUCUUUGAUGACUAGGCAGUCAUGGUUUGUGCUUUUGUUGCUGUAUCAUAUUGAUGUGAAAUGGAUAAUGGUAUGUUUGGCAUGUGACUUGCAGUUACUGAGAUACUAAUCGCUUGGUUGAUCUUCUUCUUGUCA